UCCAGAGUCUGCAGCAGUCUGGUUCUGUUCCUGGGUCAGUGGGUGAGCAGAGGCAGGUUGACCCGUUCUCUAGUCCUCAAAGAGCUUUYUGUGGUCUCCACCAAACCCCAACCAUCACAGAGAGUCCUGUUGAAGGUCGGCAGCAGUCUGGCGUCUCUGCUGAGGUUCUGGAAGGUUGGACGGUUGGACCUGACUGGGUCUGGUCUUCCUGCUCAGAGUCUCUUCAGUCUGCUGCUUCAUGAUGCUCCUCUCUCACUCAGUCUGAGUGAAGAGAGACUCCAGCAGCUACUGGUUCUUGUCCAGGAGSUCSARGACCAGAACCUGACCUCGGCCCUCUUGAAUAAAGUUGGUGGAGACCUGAGCUCCUGCACAUUGAGCUGGGAGCUUCUUCACUACCUGCUGCAGCAGCUGACAGCUCAGACCAUCACUGUGGAUCUGAAGGAGAACCCGUUCUUAGAGGAGCGAGCCGCUCAGCUGCUGCCCUUCCUGCACAGGGUGGAGAUUCAGAGAUGGAGGCCCAGUCCCAGCUUAGUGAGGACUUCCAUCAGGCAGAUCUGCAGAGAUCACAGCAGUCACCUGAUCCCAGGGUUACUGAGGUCACUGGAUCACGUGAUCAACCUGAACUGCACAGAGCUGGACUCGGAGGACUGUGAUGCUCUGCUGUUCAUCCUCAGACACAGUGAUGGAGUUAAACUGAAGCUGAUGUGGAGCUCCAUGCCAGCAGGGGGCGUCCAGUCCGUCCUCUGUCUACUGCACAGAGUUUCUGAUCUCAGCGUGGACAGGAAUCUCCUGCUGAGCUUCAUCCUCUGCUGUGCUGCCUCUGACAGCCAGCAGGGGGCAGCACCAGAGCUGCUGCGGACCUUGCAGCACCAGUUGGAUCUGUCCAGUCGCUGCUGUGUGGAUCUGUCAGAGGAGGAUCGGACUGAGCCUGUGAGCCUGACGGCUGCUGACUGCAGGGCCGUGUCCACCGUCCUGAGACACAGCAGCAGGGACACACAGCUGGACCUGAGAGACUGUGAGGUGGAGGACAGCGGCCUGGACCUGCUGUUUCCUGUCCUGGACYGGGUCCGACUCAGAGUCAGUAAGACGGUUCUGGUCCAGCUGCUGUCUCUGCUUGUGGACAGUCAGGGGGACACAGAGAGACGGGCCAUGUCCCUGUGCAGAGCCCUGGGAGGAGAACUGGACCUGAGCCACAGUCCAGUGGAUGAGAGGUUCUGUGGAGCUCUGGUUCUGGUGCUGGACUGGUCUGAAGGCCUGGCAGAACUGGACCUCAGUCACUGCCAGCUGACCGACCAGCUGCUGCUGCAGCUCAGCACCCAGCUGCACAAAGUCCAAGUCCUGGAUCUCAGUCACAAUCAGAUCACUGAUGCCUCCACUGCUGGGUUACUCCAGCUGGUCUCCAUCAACUCCUCCAUCGGUUCURUGAGACUCUCCAACAACAACAUCGUCAACAAAACUCCUUAUAAGGACAACAGGACGUUUGAAAUCUGAUGAAGCAGCUGGUCAUGUGACCAACAGGAGGUCCCWGUCUCUGAAUCAAUCAAUCAAAUUUUAUUUGUAUAGCACAUUUCAGCAGCAAGGCAUUUCAAAGUGCUUCACAUAGAUUUUUUAAAAUAAUGUUCUUAUUGUUUUCUGUUCCAUGUAGUCAACUGUAUGCAAAAAUUGU